AUGCGGGGCGGCCGGGCCCCGGGGGCUGCGGGCGCCGAGACGAUCGCGGCGCUGCAGAGCUGCGCGCCCGACGGCGGCGGCGCUGCUCCGCGGCCGCGCUCGGACCCGCUCGCGGUCUGCCAAUGGGAGCUGUCAGGGCGCCGCCGCCGCCGGCUCCGGGGGCCGGGCCGCGGCGGCCCGUGGGAAACCGGGCUCCGAUUGGGCCUCCUGACAAUCGCUCCGCCUCCGGCCGGCCAAUCAGAGGCGGUGGGCACGGGAGCGGGGCGUUCGGAGUUGGGCAGGAGAGCGGCUGCAGGCGCACGCCCGGCACCCGCGCCGCAUCCCGGCCCCGAGCGGGCGGCGGCGGGGAUCGGGGCGGCGCGCGCCCCGGGGACGCCCACCCGCCGGGCUCCGGCGGCGCGGCCCGGGGCGACCGCGGGAAGGCAGCGGGGGCGCGGCGGGCCGGGGAGGCGGGGAGCCCCUAACAAAGCAGCUUUGGGAGGGCCGAGCGCCCCCGCCUCCUCCCGCAAUAGGCCCGCGCAGCUGCCUGUCACCCUGCAUAGGUGGAGGUGGCCAAUGACGCGCACAGACGGAGCUCGGGUUGGCGCGCGCGCGCGGCUCGGCGUCGGUGGGAUUGGUCGGAGGUUGUAAGAGACUCGGAAAACGAGAUGCUGACGGUCGAGCCUCCGAGCGACCUCUUCCCUACACCAGGCCGGGGCCUCCUCCUCACCGUAAGAGCUUUAG